UCAUGUCCACUGCACGGUCUACUCUACCUGCCCAACAGCUUGGCCGACAUGAAGAAGAUGGACAAGUCCGAACUGUUGCGUGCAUCGGGUGAGCGUGCAUGGGCUGCUGCGUGUGACGGCCGGGCCAUCAAAGACCCGAGCCUCCUGAACCGUUUCGUGGCGCUCAUCUACGUCGACCUGAAGAAGUACACCUUCUGCUACUGGUUUGGCUUCCCCGUCGUGCGCCUGCCUGAGGAAGUGACCCUUGCCAAGCCACCACAGCGCCUCGGUGACGUCUUCAAUAGCAGCAGGCUGGCUUCCCUGAACACCGCGUAUACGACCCUGGACACACCCGAGAAGCGGGCCGCCUUUCUUGUAGUGCCAACGGGAGAGGAGGUGCAGAUUCGGCCCUUGGAAGAGCUGCCCACACUGGUGGCUGACUCUAGACCUUUCUACCUGGCCUUCUCUGACCCAUCCACGUCACCCACUCACCCGGGCUGGCCACUCAGAAACCUCUUGGCACUGGUCAUUCACCGCUGGGGCGACUCGCUGUCUCGGUGCAACGUGCUGUGCUACCGGCGGGAGGCUCGCCACGGGCACGUGGACAGCAGCCACAGCCUCGUCCUCGAUGUGCAGCUGUGCACCAGCGUAACUGCCAAGGACAACAGUACACCCAUGUACGUCGGUUGGGAACGCAAUGCGGCGGGCCAGCUGGGGCCCAGGACUGUGGACUUGAGCGCAAGCCUGGACCCAGCCAGGCUGAUGGAGAAUGCACUUGAGCUCAAUCUGCAGUUGAUGCGGUGGCGGCUGGCACCGACGCUCGACUUGGAGACCGUGGCAUCAACCAAGUGCCUUCUGCUGGGUGCUGGCACCCUGGGCUGCAGCGUGGCCCGGUGUCUGAUUAGCUGGGGUGUACGAAACAUCACAUUCGUGGACAAUGGCGUAGUGUCGUACUCGAACCCGGCACGCCAGUCGCUGUACACUGCGCGGGACUGCCGGGAUGGCGGCCGACCCAAGUGUGACGCCGCUGCCGAGGCUCUGCACGCCGUGUCGCCCGCGGUGCAUGCUCGGGGCGAGAACCUGCGGGUGCCUAUGGCCGGCCACAGCGUGCCCAGCGCAGCCGAAGAGCACGUGCGGGCUGACGUCCGGAGGCUGGAGGCGCUGAUUGCCGAGCACGAUGCCAUCUUCCUGCUUCUCGACACCCGCGAGGCCCGGUGGCUGCCAACCGUGGUCGCAGCCGCGCAGCGCAAGAUCGUCAUCAACGCGGCCCUGGGCUUCGACACCUUCCUCGUCAUGCGCCACGGCGUUGCACUAGGCGAGGCCUGGAGCAACGGCGAGAAACUGGGCUGCUACUUCUGCAACGACGUCGUCGGGCCAGCCGACUCGACGCGCGACCGCACACUCGACCAGCAGUGUACAGUGACAAGACCCGGCGUUGGCGCCAUUGCUGGCGCCUUGGCCGCCGAGCUCCUGGUGGGCCUGCUGCAGAGCCCCUUGAAGGGACGGUGCCCCGCAUCGGACGAUUCCGAGGCCUCCAGCGAGAACCCUCUCGGACCUGUCCCGCAUCAGAUUAGAGGCUUUCUGGCUCGGCACGUGUACAUGACGCCCACAUGCGCCGCCUUCCCCAUGUGCACGGCCUGCUCCCAGCCGGUGCUCGACGAGUAUGCCCGUCGGGGCUGGGAGUUUGUGCUGCAAGUGCUCAACGACGCUGCCUACCUGGAGCGGCUGACGGGACUGAGCCGGCUGCACGAGGAGACGGACCUCGAUCAAGUCUGGGCACUGAGUGAUAGCGAGGAGAGUACAUCGUAAAGAAGCUGUGUGUGCACCACCACCACGGCUAGCACAUUUUGCAGAGUCAAACAAAUGGCAGGAGAGCGAUUGAAGACUUACGGCUUAUUUAAAGUUGUUGUUCGCAUCCACGUGAAGUAGUGUUCUUUUUCUUGCUGCAUGACAAACUCGCUCAAGCUUGAAAUCCUGCUCAUAUUGUUGCAGAUGAUUGUGAGGCAGUAAGUGCUCUUCGUACAUUUGUGUGCAUGUAGCGUGGGUUCCGUUUGUGGCACAUUUGAUCAUCUGUAAUAUUUUGUCCAUUACAGUUGCUCAUUUUACCUGUAGUGUGCAGUUAUUCGCUGACUGUAUCUAUAAUUAACGUGAGAGUUGAUGGAACCGUCUAUUGUUGUGAUUAGUGAGUACAUAUUUAUUUGAGAAUGUGCCCUUUAUGCAAGUGAUGUAACUUUAGGGCAAUCGAGUGGCGAAGGAACCUGGCUGCUUGUUUGAAAGGGAUUGCGCGAAGAGGCACCUGCCGUGCACCAUAACAGUGUGCAACGUGAAAGUGUUUCUUUUUAUGCUUUGUCAUGUCAUGAACUGUCUCAGAAAAUGUGCUGAGUGCUGUGGAGAAUCACUGCUCAUUUGGAGUAGCCCUGCUUGAAGUGAGCUUUGGUGGUCUUCUUUAAUGUGUUUCUGAUUGUCGCAAGCUUUCUAUGAGAAAGCUUGGUAUGCCACUGAAAAUAACUAUGAUGUGCCACAGAAGUUUUUAAGUGGCAUUAUUGGCCAAGGAAGGCAUGUGUAUUGCAGUGAGCUGUGUAACCUUCUCUAGUGUAUUGUUGCAAGAAAACAGGAAAUUAAGUGGUCGAUGCACGAAAAUGCAACACAAUUUCGAGGCAUUGCCAAAGGGACAUAUUUUUGUAUCCUAGGCGUGCAGUCUUAAUGCUCCUUGCACAUUGAAGCCAGAAACACGUAUAAAUUAUUUCCGUUUGGUUUUAAAGGGACUCUAAAGUGAAGCAGUGAAUCGGUUUAGAUUGACAAAUUGUGCUCUGAGAACUUUAAUGUCGUUAAUUUAACCAUCAUUGUUUUACUGAUAGAGGAGAAAAUCAAGGUCAAAUUAUUAUUUAUAUCGCACCAAAAUCUCAGUGUGUGAUGUGAAGGAUUUCAAAGCGUAUUUUUCGUAUUUUGGCAACAUUGUCUUAACGAAAUUUCCUGAUACGUGGUAUGUUAAGUCCGUGGCCCCCUCAGAGGACAAUGUAGGUACUUCAUUUUUACUGAUCAGGAACUACGCAGGACCUAGUACACGCCGUCAAAUUCUAUGACUUACUGUACUUGGAGCGGAAAUUUCAAGGUGGCAUCACCACCGGCGUUUUCCUUCCGCAUGUUUUCUCGCUUACAAAGUGUCUUCUUGCGGCGAGCGCUGUGAUUUUGGAAUAAUGAGACACCAGUUUACUAGUAUGGGAAAAAUCUUUCUUUUCUUUAGUGUCCCUUUGAAGCUUUUGCCCGUCAACAUCUGCAAACCAGAGUGACAUUAUCAUGACCAGUCACAUAUUUGGUGGGUUUUGCGAACUCUGCACCUUGCAUGUGCAGCCAAAAUCAGUCAGAGUUCCUGGAUGACAAUUCACUCAUUGUUUACGCUCACUACAUGCAACUGACAGCAGGCAACAGAGCUGCUGCCAGUACAUCGCAAGUUUUUGUCCCCGUGUGACUUGAACUUUCAUCAGACUGUGUUGACAUGUCACUGUGAAACCAUCCCCACAAUACCGAAUCCAAAAGUUGUCUUUAAGGUAGUAGUAUUAAAAACAAUUCUAUGCAUUCCAAGGCACCACUAUACUGUUUUUAAGGUUCUCAACACUAGUGUUUUUAUUUAGAGCAGCAAUACAAAAAUUUCUGAAAUUCGUGUCGCUUCUCCUUUAAAGUACAAUUAUUUAAGGUAGUAAAUUUCAAGAUGCUCAUUAAACUCUGAAAAUUUAGUCAAUUCACUACAAUGACCAAAACAUAUGUGCCCUGGUACAUAAGCUUUAAUAGGGGCAGUGUAAACUUCCCAAAACACCACAGUGCCAAUGUAGAAAUGAGAGCGUAUCGAGAGUCCUAUUUUUUGUUAUAUGCAACGUGAAGCCAACAUAUA